CACCGGUGGCACCGCGCCGCGCGGGGCCGAGACACGCCCGCACCCGGCCCCCGCGCCACCCCGGCCCGCGCCUCGGCCCUGCGCCCGCCGCCCGCCGCGCGCCACCAUGCACCCGACGCGCUAGGAGGAAGCCGGCCGCCCGCAGGAAGCCCGCCGCGGUCGCCGUCGCCGCCGCCGCCCCCGCCCCCGCGGCCGCGCCCCUCCCGCGGGCGCCCCCCGCCCCACGCCCCCCCCACCUUCCCGGGAGGUGGGGGGGUGCGGGCCCCGGAUCGGGCGCCGGACAGCCCCGCUCGCGCGCCCGGCCCCGGCCCCCGCCCCCCGCGCGCGCGCGGCCAUGGAUGUGACCAGCGGCUCGGGCGGCGGCGGCGACCCCCGGCAGCUCGAGGAGACCAAGCCGCUGCUGGGGGGCGACGUGCCGGCCCCCGAGGGCACGAAGAUGGGCGCUGUGCCCUGCCGCCGGGCCCUGCUGCUCUGCAACGGGAUGAGGUACAAACUGCUGCAGGAGGGCGACAUCCAGGUCUGUGUCAUCCGGCACCCGCGGACCUUUCUCAGCAAGAUCCUCACCUCGAAGUUCCUGAGGCGCUGGGAGCCGCACCAUCUAACGCUGGCCGACAACAGCCUGGCGUCAGCCACGCCCACUGGCUACAUGGAGAACUCGGUCUCCUACAGCGCCAUUGAGGACGUGCAGCUGCUCUCCUGGGAGAACGCCCCGAAGUACUGUUUACAGCUCACGAUCCCCGGGGGCACCGUCCUGCUGCAGGCCGCCAACAGCUACCUGCGAGACCAGUGGUUCCACUCCCUGCAGUGGAAGAAAAAGAUUUACAAGUACAAGAAAGUCCUGAGUAACCCAAGCCGCUGGGAAGUGGUCUUGAAAGAGAUCCGGACGCUGGUGGACAUGGCCCUCACCUCCCCGCUGCAGGAUGACUCCAUCAACCAAGCCCCCCUGGAAAUCGUCUCCAAACUGCUCUCCGAGAACACCAACCUGACCACCCAGGAGCACGAGAACAUCAUCGUGGCAAUCGCUCCUCUGCUGGAAAACAACCAUCCCCCUCCAGAUCUCUGUGAAUUCUUUUGCAAGCACUGCAGAGAGCGGCCCCGGUCCAUGGUGGUGAUCGAGGUGUUCACGCCUGUGGUCCAGAGAAUCCUCAAGCAUAACAUGGACUUCGGGAAGUGCCCGAGGCUGAGGCUCUUCACUCAGGAGUACAUCCUCGCCUUGAACGAGCUCAACGCGGGCAUGGAGGUGGUGAAGAAAUUCAUUCAGAGCAUGCACGGCCCCACGGGGCACUGCCCCCACCCCCGGGUCCUGCCCAACCUGGUGGCGGUGUGCCUGGCUGCCAUCUACUCCUGCUACGAAGAGUUCAUCAACAGCCGUGACAACUCCCCGAGCCUGAAGGAGAUCCGGAACGGCUGCCAGCAGCCCUGCGACCGGAAGCCCACCUUACCUCUGCGCCUUCUGCACCCCAGCCCAGACCUGGUGUCUCAGGAAGCCACGCUGUCCGAUGCACGGCUCAAGUCGGUGGUCGUGGCCUCCAGCGAGAUCCACGUGGAGGUGGAGCGCACCAGCACGGCCAAGCCGGCGCUGACGGCCAGCACGGGCAACGACAGCGAGCCCAACCUCAUCGACUGCCUCAUGGUCAGCCCCGCCUGCAGCACCCUGAGCAUCGAGCUGGGCCCGCAGGCCGACCGCACGCUCGGCUGCUACGUGGAGAUCCUUAAGCUGCUGUCGGACUAUGAUGACUGGAGACCAUCUCUGGCCAGCCUGCUUCAACCCAUUCCAUUCCCCAAAGAGGCUCUCGCACACGAGAAGUUCACCAAGGAACUCAAGUAUGUGAUUCAGAGGUUCGCGGAAGACCCUCGACAAGAGGUGCACUCCUGCUUGCUGAGUGUGCGGGCCGGCAAGGACGGCUGGUUCCAGCUCUACAGCCCUGGCGGGGUGGCCUGUGACGACGACGGGGAGCUGUUUGCCAGCAUGGUGCACAUCCUCAUGGGCUCCUGUUACAAGACCAAAAAAUUCCUGCUCUCCCUGGCGGAAAACAAGCUGGGCCCCUGCAUGCUCCUGGCACUGAGGGGGAACCAGACCAUGGUGGAGAUCCUGUGCCUGAUGCUGGAGUACAACAUCAUCGACAACAACGACACCCAGCUGCAGAUCAUCUCCACGCUAGAGAGCACGGAUGUGGGCAAGCGCAUGUACGAGCAGCUGUGCGACCGGCAGCGGGAGCUGAAGGAGCUGCAAAGGAAAGGCGGGCCCACCAGGCUCACACUGCCCUCGAAGUCCACAGACGCUGACCUGGCUCGCUUGCUGAGCUCAGGCUCCUUCGGAAACCUGGAGAACCUCAGCCUGGCCUUCACCAACGUCACCAGUGCCUGCGCGGAACACCUCAUCAAGCUGCCGUCUCUCAAGCAGCUCAACCUGUGGUCCACUCAGUUUGGAGACGCCGGCCUGCGGCUCCUGUCAGAACACCUCACCAUGCUCCAGGUGCUGAACCUGUGCGAGACCCCAGUCACCGACGCCGGCCUGCUGGCCCUCAGCUCCAUGAAGAGUCUCUGCAGUUUAAACAUGAACAGCACCAAGCUCUCGGCCGACACCUACGAAGAUCUGAAGGCCAAGCUUCCUAACUUGAAGGAGGUGGACGUGCGCUACACAGAAGCCUGGUGAAGCUCCGGCCUGGCAGAGUGACGCUGCAGCCGCCACGACGCGACUAACAGCCGUGGAGCAGUGACACGGGUGCCCGGCGCCUGGCUGCGGGGUAGACGGGGAGUCUCUGGGGCGGAGGGGAGGGCUCUGCCAGCCCACCGGGGCCGCCGGAUUCUUUUAGCUUCACAAUCGGAACCUUUGGCCUGAUCUAAAAACGGACAUUGUCGUCGGCAACCAGGGGAACAAGCGGAGUCAGCCAGUCGGGAGGGUGGGGAGGCGGGUGGGGACCCUUCGUGGAUUUUCUUUGCCUUUCUGUUUACUGCUGCUGUCGCCGCCGCGUGGAAAGGCCCUGGGACACCACCAUCUCGCCGGCCGGACACGGUUGCUCUCUUCCCGGUGGCGGCGGCAGCGAGCGGGCAGGGGGGUGGCCAGCGGAGCCGAGAGCUCCCUCGCCACCCUGGGGACCCGAAGACCCAGUCCUGUCAUCGCCGUCCUGUGUCCUUGCCAUUGCUAUGCAAAGUGGUUCUUGUUGUACAUAAGAUUUAAAUAAUGCACCUAUUUAAGAGAUGUUGACAAAUUGUGGGUCUGGGACCUGCUCUUAUUUAUGAAGUCUGACCCCCUUCCUGUCCCCGCCCCCGCCCCCCCCGAGUGUAGUUACUGUACCAAUCAGUCGGCUGUUGGGUUAGUGGUAGUUUUAUUGUUAUUUUUUUUAAAGGGAACAGACAAAAAAAAAAAAAAAAGAAAACAAAAAACAAAAAAAAAAAGACCCUCCCUGGCAAAUUAAUUGCUUUUUCGUAAUGGAUCCCACAUGCUGAUGCUUGUCCAUCCGUCUGUCUGUCCACUCACCCUGCCCACCUGUAUAUUUCCGAUUCCCAGGUGUCUCCGCUUCCUCGUAGGUAAGGGCCAGGCUGGGGGAAGGAGGGAGAAAGGGGGUCCCCACCUCGUCCUCUUGCUCCUCUAAGGUCCAAGCUGCCCCCUUUUCUAGGUUUGGAAGGGGGCGGCUCACCCCCCUCCUGGUCCUUCCCUGGUAGAGGAGCCGCCCUCUCACAAGUCCCUGUGUCCAGCGGUCUUUGUGUCCCCGUCCCCCGCUAAGACUGUGGGCCCCCGUCGUCCCGUCCCGCAUGCCUGUCUCCGCCUCUCUGCAUGGUCUCUUGGGAGAAGAGAAAGGCGUCACCCGCCAGCCUGCCUGUACACCCCACCCGUGUGACCACUGCAGCGAAGACGUCCCUCUGUCCCCACCUGCUCCGGACAAACCGACGUCCUUGUCUUUUAUCAACAGCCGGCUUUUUCUUAACAAGCCCUCCCUGUACAGACCAGCCCCGGCGGCCCACCCUGGCGGCUUCUUUGGGAUCCCCCGUCCAUCCUGUCCCGCAGCCCCUUUUUCUGUUGGUUUAGCACAAAUACAUCUCCCCUCUGGCACCUCCAAACCGAACCCCAGUCGAUGUAAUUGUUUUAUAUAUAUUUAAUCUUGUUCGAUGGAAACCAUGCUUUGUCGUUUUAUACUUUGCUAGGUAGACUUUAUUACCCCCCUUUGCCCUCAUUUUUUUAAAAAAGGGGAAAAAAAAGAAAUUGGGUUUCAGUCUUCAUUCAUUUUCUGUGCCAGGUUUUAUUUCAUGUGUGUGUGCGUGUGCGUGUGCGUGCGUGCGUGUGUAUUCUGUUUUGUGUUCUGUUUUCUGUUGUUUUCGUUUGGUUUUAGUUCCUCUCCCCCCUGCCACCCCAUCCCUGGUUCCGUAUUCCAUAGCACUCCGGUGCAGAAAAAACAGAAGCAAAAAAAAACCCAAAACACACACACACACACACACACACACACACACACACAACAUUUAAAAAUUUAAAACAGAAGAAACGAGGCCCGCACCUUCCCCCUCGCCUGUCGCUUUGCCCGAUGGUUAAUACUACUGUCACGUAGCUGUGUACAAAGACAUGUGAAAUACUUUCAGGCAAAAAUAAACUGUAAGUGAUUC